AUGGCGAUGGGGCUAAUGUGUGGGCGCCGGGAGCUUCAGCUCCUGCUAAGGUUUCAACGUAAGUUCCACAGCGUCUCAGGGCCCUGGUACUCGCCCCGAAAACCGCUGACCGCCGCAAGGCUCCUGUUUCCAGCCGGCCAGAGCUGCGGGCGCCCACACUACGUCUUCCUCAAGGUCGGACCCCGCUGCAUCAGUACCUCUGCCAUCUCGUUUGCAGAAGCCCAGGUCCAGGCUUCUCCCGUCAUUGCUACAACCCCCUCACCCACAGCAGUGACAGAGAUUGCUCCUGGAGAAACUGCAGAUGUCGUUCAAGCUGCUUCAGAACAGAGCUUCACUGAACUGGGGCUUGGAUCAUAUACCCCAGUGGGACUGAUACAGAACUUUCUGGAAUUUGCGCAUGUUGACCUGGGCCUACCAUGGUGGGGGGCCAUUGCUGCAUGUACAGUCCUUGCCCGCUGCCUGGUUUUUCCUAUCAUAGUAAAGGGCCAGCGAGAAGCAGCCAAGAUCCACAACCAUUUGCCAGCGAUCCAGAAGUUUUCCACUCGAAUCAGAGAGGCCAAGUUAGCAGGAGACUCAGCUGAGUUUUACAGGGCCUCCUCGGAGAUGACACUUUAUCAGAAAAAGCAUGAUGUGAAACUCUUUAGACCACUCAUUCUACCUCUUACUCAGGCUCCAAUCUUCAUCUCCUUCUUCAUUGCAUUGAGAGAAAUGGCCAACCUCCCAGUACCCAGCCUGCAGACAGGUGGCCUUUUGUGGUUCCAAGAUCUCACAGUAUCAGACCCCAUCUAUGUACUGCCACUGAUAGUCACUGCCACAAUGUGGGGUGUCCUUGAGCUAGGUGCCGAGACAGGUAUGCAAAGUUCUGACCUUCAGUGGAUGAGAAAUGUUAUCAGAGUGAUGCCCCUGGUAGUCUUGCCCAUAACCAUCCAUUUCCCCACGGCAGUGUUCAUGUAUUGGCUCUCCUCCAAUCUCUUUUCCCUGGGCCAAGUGGCCUGCCUCCGGAUUCCAGCUGUACGCACUGUACUUAAAAUCCCCCAGCGUGUGGUGCAUGACCCCGACAAAUUGGCUCCACGGGAAGGCUUCGUAAAAAGCUUCAAACAGGGCUGGAAGAAUGCAGAAAUUGCACAUCAAAUGCGUGAGCGUGAGAAACGCAUGCAGAAUCACUUGGAGCUAGCAGCCAGGGGUCCUUUACGACAGACCUUUACCCAUAACCCUCUGCUACAGCAUGGGAAGAAUCACCCUCCCACCGCCCCUGAUGGCAGCAGCAAACCAAAGUCAAAGCAACCCUGGCGGGACACCCUUGGCUGA